AUGGGAUCCAAGACCUACGAAGGAGAACUGCACCAUGAAGAUGCCAACAACUCCGUUCCGACCAAGUCGAACGCUGUUGGAGGCAAACCUCGUGGUGCAACCUUGCUCGAAGACGGCGACGGCGACUUUGACAGCGGCGACGACGAUGAUGAGGAUGGCGAUGGGAAGAAUCCGUCCAUGGCCGGGCUAACCCCUGCGGAAAAUGACGGGCUAGAAAAACCGAAGAAUAAAAAGAAGAAGAAGAAGCGUGGCGGGAAAAAGAAAAAGACUGGUUCUGGUACUUCUGCCACCCAGCAGUCCUUUCCUCCUCGUGUUCCUCUUUCUCAACUGUUUCCCGAUGGAAAGUAUCCGCAAGGUCAGAUUGUUGAGCCCAAGGAUGACAACCUCUCUCGGACCACUGGCGAAGAACUACGCUAUCUCGCACGCGGGCAUAUCGCCAAUGACGAAGUGCUGAACGACUACCGAAAGGCAGCUGAGAUCCAUCGCCAAGUCCGCCACUGGGUUCACAAGUCUGUCAAACCGGGUCAGAGUCUCACCGAUAUUGCCAAUGGUAUAGAAGAUGGCGUGCGCGCUUUGCUCGGCCAUCAGGGUCUCGAGCCGGGUGAUAGUCUGAAGGGCGGAAUGGGAUUUCCAACUGGAUUAGCCCUGAACAGCUGCGCCGCCCACUUCACUCCUAAUCCGGGCCAACCAGACGUUAUUCUACAGCAGAAGGAUGUCAUGAAGGUUGACUUUGGGGUCCAUGUGAAUGGCUGGAUUGUCGAUAGCGCGUUCACAAUGACCUUUGAUCCUGUUUACGAUAAUUUGCUGGCCGCAGUAAAGGACGCUACCAACACUGGCCUCAAAUACUCAGGAGUCGAUGCUAGGGUCAGCGACAUUAGCGCCGCUAUCCAAGAAGCGAUGGAGAGCUACGAGGUCGAGAUAAACAAGAAGGUCUAUCCAGUGAAAGCAAUCCGGAAUAUCACGGGCCACAAUAUCAAGCCCUAUAUUAUUCACGGUGGCAAAUCAAUCCCAUUUGUCAAAACCAAUGACCCGACCAAAAUGGAAGAAGGGGAGGUCUUUGCAAUUGAAACGUUUGGCACUACCGGGAAAGGCUAUCUCGACGAUGGUGCUGGCGUUUACGGAUACGGUAAAAACCCAGACGCACCCUCGAUGCAUCUCCCUCUUGCCUCGGCUCGUUCGUUGCUGAAGACCAUCAACCAAAACUUUGGGACCAUUGUAUUUUGUCGUCGCUACCUUGACCGCCUUGGUCUCGACAAGUAUCUGUUGGGAAUGAACAGCUUGGUGUCCAACGGUAUCGUCGAUAUGUAUCAUCCCCUAAAUGAUAUUAAGGGCUCUUAUACCGCUCAAUUUGAGCAUACUAUCUUGAUCAAGGGCUCCGGCAACGAAAUCAUCAGCCGCGGCGAUGAUUACUAG